CGUGUGGAUAUGUGCUAGUGUAGUGCCGUCGAGUUCUGUUCAGUUCAGUGUUGUGAUAUUUCGUCAUGCGAGUGAGUGAGGAGACACCGACAAUGAGAGCUGUUAAGAAGUCCAACUACAGCAACUGCCCGCUGAAGAAGCGACCGGUGUACUUGUUCAAAGAUGAUAUUAAAGAUACCGCAGACGACGACAACUCGGAGCCUGAGAACCUGAGUACCAAGCCCGAGGACCUCCGUCUGACGUGCAAGACGCUGACACCGCCCCCAGGUGUCGCUCUCAUCUCCGCCAAGAAGCCCUCAGUGGAAUCCAGCCCUCCCUCGCCAGCCACCUCAGCCCUGCUGCAGCAACAUCUGCAGUCGUCUCUGAGUCAGCAUGGACACCACUUCCUCAGCAAGACCUCCGGAGGACCUCUGGAGCCUUUGAAUCUCAAUACCCCUGUAGACCCUUACAGAGCGACCUCCCCUACAGCGUGGCACCGUAUUGCACCACAUUACCCUCCGUAUCUCUACCCUUACCCACCCCCUGCUGACGUGUACAGCCAUUACUACCCCUCAAGAGUCACUUCGGAGCAGCCCCUAUCACCGUACGCUCCCAGAGAUAUUUCCCCCCACGCGUUCCGCCCCACCGCAGCAGCUUUACCCAAGUUGUACAUGCCUUACCAACCCACCGACCCCGUCAGUCUAUCCCCGACUUCCUCGACGUCUUCUACGUCCAACAGUUUAUUCCUGGGAACUUCCCCUCCUCCGUUGACACCCGAGGACCUCUCCUCCCCCGGAAGUGUCGCAAGUUCCGGAGGUUCCAGCACAGGAAGCACCGGAUACGGCAAGAGAGUGAAGGAAAGUUCAGGAGCUCCUAGAUACCAAUGCCCCUUCUGCUCCAAGUCCUACUCCACCUACUCCGGACUCUCCAAACACCAGCAGUUCCACUGCGCCGCCAACGAAGACUCCACCGCCAAGAAGACGUUCAGCUGCAAGUACUGUGAGAAGGUGUACGUCUCUCUAGGCGCACUCAAGAUGCACAUCAGGACGCACACACUGCCCUGCAAGUGUGUUCUGUGUGGAAAGGCGUUCUCCAGACCCUGGCUGCUGCAAGGACACAUCAGAACACACACAGGAGAGAAACCUUUCUCGUGCCCGCUGUGCAACCGAGCCUUCGCUGACCGCUCCAACCUGAGAGCCCAUCUGCAGACACAUUCCGACGUGAAGAAGUACUCCUGCACCAACUGCAGCAAGACCUUCUCCAGGAUGUCCCUGCUGUCCAAGCACCUGGACGGAGGGUGCCCGGGGGUCGGAGGGCAGAGCCCUGACGAGCUGUACCAGUGGGCGCCCCAGCAAGGCCUCAAACACAGAGAGGGGUCGUCCGAGGAUCUCUACCACAUGUCCCAACAACCCACCUAGUUGCGUUCUGCUCCCUCUUGAACAACUAUUUUCUUUUGUUUAUAUCUUCUGAUCUUCUCUAUUACCAUUUCCAGUGAUUUUGAGACUGUAAAAUACUUAAUAUAUUCUCCAAGAGUCAUAAUAUGUUUAUUCUUUUUAUGUAUAUUUUCGUCGGUUCGACAUUAAUUCUUGAGUCAUUUUAGUUUUAAGCGGAGUGGCUAAUUUUCCCUUAAUUGUAGUGCCUUUGAGAAGACUGAUUUUUGUAAUUCCGUGUCGUAUACUCGCCUUAGAUUUAGUUUUUAGUUUUAUCACAAUAAAUAUGUACGAACAAAAGUGCCCUUUGUAUUGAAAGUAGAGUUUUUAGUGCCAUACUGCCAUAUUUUUAGAUAUUUAUUUAAAUUGCAUAUCCAAUAACACAAAACGACAAUCUUUGAAUCUCAUAUUUUUAUAGCCAUUCUGGAUGCUAGUCAAUCUAAUGUAACGUUAGCAUUUAUUGUAUAUAAGUAGUUAUUGUAUAGAUAGAUUUGUAUUGUAUAUAGUGCAUUAAGUGCCUUAGGUUUGUAUUUACUGCUGUUCCUUGAGAAAUAUAUUUUACAUUUUUUAAAUUUUAUA